CCGCCCGUUCCGCCUCCGUCGCCUCCCCAUCUCAUGGAGCUUAACACCGAGUGGGAGAUUGAUUACAAGGAUAUCGAGUUUGAAGGAGGCGUGCCGUCGUCGCAAAAUCGAAUCGGUCACGGCGGUUUCGGCGAGGUCUUCCUCGGUCGGUAUCACGGCAGUCUCGUGGCGGUGAAAAAGCUAUUCAAUCAAGAUAUGAUGGGUAAAGGGUUGAGCGAUUUCCGUCGCGAGGUGCAGAUAUUGUCGCGACUGAGGCACCCGUCCAUCGUCUUGUGGCUCGGCGCGUGCACGCAAGCGCCGAAUUUGACCAUCGUUCUCGAGUACAUGGAUAAGGGAUCGCUUCACCAAUUUCUCCAUCGAACGACUACGCCGUACACCACGCUCACGCUCACGCGAUGGGCGAUGACGAUCGCGCAAGGAAUGGUUUACUUGCACUCCGCCAAACCGUUCCCAAUCGUGCACUGUGACCUGAACACGAACAACGUUCUCGUCAAUCGCGAUGGCAUGGUAAAAAUCACCGACUUUGGUUUGAGCAAAGUGAAGCACAGUUCACGGCUUUCGCGUCAGACGGGUAUGACAGGCACGGUGAACUAUGCCUCUCCCGAAGUGAUACGUGGCGGUAAAUUCAGCGAAGCUUCAGAUGUCUUCGCGUACGGCGUCAUCCUCUGGGAACUCCUCACUCGGCGCAUCCCGUGGGAAGACUUGAACGAGUACCAAAUCGUGUUCCAAAUGACCUCCGAUCUCGACGCCUCGCUCGCGGCGACCGCAAAAAACCUUGAACUCCCAGCGAGCGCGCCCGAGGGUUACCGCAAGAUCAUCCACGGCGCGUGGGCCACCCAACCCGAACGCCGCAGCGCGUUCAAAGACGUCCUGGGCGAUUUGCGCGAAGUCUACAGGGAGCAAGUGGACAUAGAAAAGGCGCUACGCGCCGCGCGUAAGGGCUCAACCUCGAGCUUAAGCGCCACAAGCGCUCCGGACAAGUAGCGUCGAGUGAUAUCAACGCG